ACUCCAGUCCGCUCCUCUGCGCAGUGCUGGCCAAGUCGCUGCAAGAACGAACAGGAACGUUGCAAGAGGCAGCGGCAGCCGCGGCCCGUAGACUUGGAUGUGCGCAGGCGGAUCUGCCUCGGGACUCGAGCGAACAGCAGUGCUCAGAACUGCGUUCCAAGAGCGGAUCGUUCGUUCGUUCGCUAGCUCGCGGGGCGGUCGAUCAAGAGCUUACGUCUGUCCUCGUGAAUGGGAGCUCGUCGAGCGAUUGUUUGAUGCGGGAAUCUUCGAGGAAGCUCGGGAGAGGAGGGGAGGCGAGGGGAGGUGGAGGAGCAGGAGGAGGCGGAGCGGAGAACACUUGAGGCGAGGAGUUUGCCGCGGAACUGGUGGCGAGAGUUUGGAAGCAAUUGCGUUGAAAUUUGAACUGCCGCGGUGGGGGCGGGGUGGCGUUCUGUUCAGCAGUGUGUUGGAGUGCAGAGAAGGCGGACGUGGAGAAAAUCCGUUGCUGUCGAAGAAGAGGAGGAGCAGCUAUCAAAUAUGGCUCCCCCAAUAUUCAAGUGUUUUCCUCAAUCUCCCCACUAUCAUGAUGUACGAUCUACUCCAGAAGUUGUCAAGCAGGCGUUCACGGAGGCCUGUAAUGGAAAAGAGUACAUGAGUGUUGCCGAUGUGAUCAGUUACAUGAACAGAGCUCAAGGGGACGACCAUAUGACCGAAGCUCAAGCCGAAGCUCUACUGGGCAAGCUGAAAGAUGGAUCGGAUCAUCAUCUUCACAACUUAUUUCAUCACCACAAGAAGGGAGGCACUGCGAAUGGUGGUCUGGAUCUGGCUGGCUUUGUGAAGCUUCUUCUGAGUCCUGAUGUGAACUCGAUUCUGAAGCCGAAAGAGAAGAGCCAUGAUAUGACUCAACCCUUGUCGCACUAUUAUGUGCACACCAGCCACAAUUCCUACUUGACAGGGAACCAACUUACCUCAAGAUCCAGCACGCAUCCAAUUAUUGAUGCUCUUAAAACUGGUUGUCGCGUGAUCGAAUUGGACUGCUGGGAGCGUCGGGGCAAGAUCAAAGUUUUGCAUGGAGGUACUUUGACCAAACCAGUUAAGUUUGAUGCCUGCAUCAAAGCCAUCAAAGAAAAUGCGUUCGUAGCAUCAGACUAUCCGGUGAUUAUCACAAUUGAGAAUCAUUUGCCAGGCGAACUCCAAAUUCAAGCAGCUAAGAUCAUAAAGAAUAUACUUGGAGAGCUACUCUUCAUUCCUAGUCCAGAAGAGCGGCCCCCUCUUGAGUUCUUGUCGCCUGAGGCCUUGAAAGGAAAGAUUAUUAUUUCUGAUAAACCACUACGGGAACCUGUCGAAGAGCAGCUUGAAGAAGAUCCAGAGGGUGCUGUAGAAACAGCUGAGACCAUUCUUCAAAGAGGGGACAGUUCACCAGAAAUGGAUCCCAAAAAUCGGAAAGUACCCGGGCGGCUGAAAGUUGACAAGAAGGCUUUGGAAAAGGCUGCCAAAGCAUACGAAGCAGCCACUCCAGACCCUGAAAUUCCUCUUACUCAAGAAUUUGAGGAAUUGUUAUACAUCCACUGUGAGAAACCUUCAGAGAUGAAGGAAAAGCAAGUGAAAGGUGGACCGCUUAAACCAGGAGACAGAGCUAUUAUGGCGAAUCUCAGCGAGCCACAGUUGAAGAACUUCAUCAAAACUCAUCCUGCAUCUGUGAUAGAGUAUACAAGAAUGAAUAUGGGGAGGAUGUAUCCCUUUGGUCUACGCUUCGACUCCUCAAAUGCGGACCCUAUGUAUGCAUGGAGUCAUGGGUUUCAGAUGGCCGCCCUCAACUUGCAAGGAAAAGACCGACCUUCUUGGAUUGGACAAGGAUUUUUCCUUGCCAAUGGAGCUUGUGGUUACGUGAGGAAACCUGAAGUUCUUUUGCCUGAAAGCAGCCUGGACUAUGAACAAAUCUUAAAUUUGUCACCCAAACUUAAUCUGAAGGUAACGGUACUACUGGGAACACACUGGCAUAGCCAUUUUGAUUACUUCAAGAAACCGGAUUUCUAUGUUAAGGUUGCUGUACACGGCAUACCUCCCGAUGCCCUGAAGCAAAAGACUCAAGUUGCUACAUCAAAUAAGGAACCUCACUGGGAAGACGAGCAGUUCGAGUUUCCUAUUAGAGUUCCCGACAUUGCGAUCUUGAGAUUCGAAGUAUGGGAGUAUGACCGAAUGAACCCUGAUGACUUUGUGGGACAAGCAUGUCUUCCCGUAAAUGAGAUACGCAGCGGCAUCCGUGUUGUCCAGUUACGCUCUAAGAAAGGGAAGCUAAGAUCAUCCAAACUUCUUUGUAACUUGAAACUGGAUUAUUUGGACGGAUCGCAAGCUACAAAUGGUGCACAUUAGGUGUUCAGUAGAGAUAUUUCUAUCUUAUUGUAGUGUGAUCCUUAUCACCGAAUCUCUAAUGGUGGGGGCAAGUACAGUGUGCAGCGCUAACAGAUCCUUCAGAAUUAUGCUAUCACGUCUUGGUCAUUUUGUUUAGGUAGACCUUGUCCACAGAAGAAACGUCAAAUGACCCACGAAAGGUGGCCACCUACUGGGUAUCGAAGAGAUAUAGUUAUAUUCGGUUCAAGUCCCCAGUUGUAGGAUUCUACAUGUAACUGUAAGUUGGGAGCGUCACACAGUGUAUGAAUGUUAGAUUUAGAAAAUUAGAUUCUGAUGUGACCGGACCAUUGUCGGUCGGGUCUUGCUCAACCAAGCUCGGGCUUGUAGGAUGAGCUUGGAUAGUUCUGUCUACCAGAUCAAGAAGAAAACAGUUUAAUUAGGUGGAGCGAAGAGAGGUGUAGGAAUGAGAGUAUGAAAGUCUGAUAGCUCAAAGCGAAGUUCUCGAGAGAAGAAAGCUUAAAAUUUUACUCCGUCAUAGCCUCUAAAUAAAGCUGUACACCGAGGCUGUGAGAAUGUAUAUCAUUUAGUUGAUUGGAUACAAUGGUAGCUAAAGCCCUUUUGGUUUGCAG